AUGAUGACCUACAGCCGCUCAAUUCCCUUUGCCCUGUUCGCCUUGUUUGGCACAGGCCUCGCGCAAACCGUCGAUGGCUCCAAGUUCAACAAGCCAGACGGUGGCCCCCCAGGAAGCUACUUCGCUGCUGGCUCGUCCAUCCCCGUUGCUGCAUUGCAGAGCGCUGCUGCAAAGGCUAGCACUGCUGUUCCGGAUGCAACCUACCCUACCAGUCAUGAUAAGGGAGCUAAGCAAGUUACCAUCCACAGCGACUGGACCAAGUUCAGCGAGGGUGCGGCUUAUGUUUGGGUCGCGGAUAUGGAUGUCGACUGCGACGGUAUUGACUCCACAUGCAAGGGAAACGGUGAUGGUCAGCGCAAUACCAACUUCGGUGCCUUGGCUGCCUAUGAAGUUCCGUUCAUUGUGAUUCCCGACAGGUUCGGAACGAAGUACGCGAAGCAGCUUUCUGGAAACAACGUCGGUGCAGUUAUCUGUGACGGAAAGAUGUUCUACGGCAUCUACGGAGACUCCGAUGGCGAUAGCCCCCAGGUUAUCGGCGAGGCCUCGUGGUUGAUGGCCCGGACCUGCUUUCCCAAUGAUAACCUGAACGGUGGCGUCGGCCACGACGCUGCUGAUGUGACCUACAUCCUCUUCACUGGCGACGAUGCGGUGCUCCCCAGCAGUGCUCUCAACAAGAACUAUGUCACCAACUUCACCACACUGCGCUCUAUGGGUGACAAGCUCAUGACCGCUCUUGCGAAGAACCUCAAGCUGUCUGGUGGAGGUGAUGGCGGCUCUUCUCCUUCAGCCACAACAACUGCCACUGGCUCCGACCCUACUGGAGGGUCUUGCGAGUGGGAGGGACACUGUGCCGGUGCUUCUUGCAAGAAUGGAGGUGAUUGCUCCGGUCAACUGGUCUGCAAGAGCGGAAAGUGUGCCCCUGUGUGA